GGCAACAGUAGCGCGGAUGACAGCGGACAGGAAGUGGUUGAAGGUGACGAGGUCGAACGCCAAAGGUGGCGCCGGGAGGAAGAUGGCGGCGGUGUGCCUUUUGUUUCUGUAUCUUAACGCCUCGGCUGCCCUCAUGGGGGUCCUCCGUGGCUUGAGCCGGGGCUGAGGCAUCCGUUGCAGCUGACGAUUCGGAGUAUUGUGAAGGAGGCGUGGUGCGAAGUUUUGUGGCUGAGGGCGCCUCCUACCGCUGACGUUUCUGUGUCCGCACUUCAGGUGAGAGAGCCAUGGUGUCAUGGAAAGGGAUUUAUUUUGUACUUGCACUAUUCCUGGGAAGUUUUUUUGGAAGCAUAUUCAUGCUUGCUCCCUUGCUGCCAUUGAUGUGUGUCUCCCCGGCUUGGUAUCGCUGGAUCACUGAUCGUGUUGUGGCUACUUGGCUGACACUUCCAGUGGCUUUGCUGGAGAUGGUGUUUGGCGCAAAGGUGAUUAUAACAGGUGAUGGAUUUAUUCCUGGAGAAAGAAGUAUCAUUAUCAUGAACCAUCGAACACGGAUGGACUGGAUGUUCCUAUGGAACUGCCUGCUGAGAUAUAGCUACCUCAGACUUGAAAAAAUAUGUCUCAAAUCUAGUCUCAAAUGCGUUCCAGGAUUUGGCUGGGCCAUGCAGGUUGCUGCCUUCAUUUUUAUUCAGAGAAGAUGGGAAGAAGACAAAAAUCAUUUUGAAAAUAUGCUGGAUUACUUCUGUGACAUUCAUGAACCAUUGCAGCUUCUCUUCUUUCCUGAAGGAACAGAUCUCACAGACUUCACCAAAGCCCGCAGUAAUGAAUUUGCUGAAAAGAAUGGACUUCAGAAAUAUGAAUAUGUCUUGCACCCAAGAACUACAGGCUUCACUUUUAUAGUGGAACAUUUAAGAGACGGUAAUAACCUUGAUGCUAUCCAUGACAUAACAGUGGCAUAUCCUCAAAACAUUCCUCAAACCGAGAAGCAUCUUCUGAAUGGGAACUUCCCAAACGAAAUUCAUUUUCAUGUCCAGAGAUAUCCAGUGAAGGCUCUACCAACCUCUCGGGAAGAACUGCAACUCUGGUGUCAGAAGCGCUGGGAAGAAAAGGAAGAAAGGCUCCGUUUGUUCUACCAAGGCAAAAAAUACUUUGAUGCUACAGGGAGAAGUAAAAUUCCACCCUGUAAAUCUGAGUUCAGGGUCAUGGUUGUUAAGUGCGUUUCUCUCUUGUACUGGACAUCUUUCACGUUAGCUGCGUUUGUGCUGCUAUACUUGUACACCUUUGUACGGUGGUAUUUUGUGAUUGUGGUUCUCAUUUUUGUUAUACAACAAAAAUCAUUUGGUGGGCUUGAAUUGAUGGAACUUGCAUGCCAUCGAUUUUUUAGUAAACAAAAUUUACGCAACUCAAAAAGAAGCUAAAUGUAUCUGGUGUAUAUUGUGGGGAGGGGUGUCGUGUAUGUGGACACUUUUCAGAUGUGCCACAGGGUUUGCAAAAGUGGGAGGAGAUGUUGCAUGAGGAUCAUUAAUUUUUCUUAAUGCUGUUGUUGGUUAACACACUGUGACUUAUAUUGUAAAAGAAAAAAGGUAGGUCAUGUGAACUUUUAAUUUUUGAAUGUAUCUUCUGUGUUUCUUUCUUUGGCAGCUAGCAUUUGCAAAUGUCACUGCAAAGCAAUUUGCCAACCAAUUACAUUUUAUAGCCCUUGAACAAAUUGUGGCGCUAAAAGUAUUGGUCUGUGAUUCCUACACAGCCUUGCCAUAAAUAAAUCGUGAAUUUUGAAAGUCCCAUGAUUGUUUUACAUCUUUUCCUAUUUCUCUUUCAAAGAGAAAACCAUUCCUAGCAUCAGCAAAUUUUCUGGCAACAAAUUUUCUGAGAAAACUGAGGACCUUAAUUUGUGUCCAUUCUCCAUUUUUAUAUGACUGUUCCUUCUCUUAAUUAAACUCUUACAACUUUUAUACCUCAGUUGUAUUUUGAAACAAGUUUCAUUGAAAAUCAAUUGAGCUGUUCUUUAAGUAAAUAUGAUAGCAGAGGUUCUUAAUUUCUCUGUAUAAAUGAAGAGUCGCUGUUUCAAAAAAUAUUAAGUCCUCCUCAGCAGCCCACCUCAUUCAGACUGGCCAUAUCCAAGUAUUGUGAAAGGUAUAUCAUAUAUUUAGAUACACACCAUCUGAAGUUUGGAACAGAAACAUGGACACAGCAAACCAUUCUCAAGAGAGGAAAUAGGGAGUCAUUCUGACAUAAAGGUGCCCCCAUCACCACCACACACAUGCACGUGCAUGUGCACACACACAUGCACACAUACACACCAUGAUUGUACAAAACCAACAAAAAGUAUUUUCCCCAUGCAAUUAAAAGUGGCAGUUAACAUUAAAAUGUUGCCCUUCUUCAGACUGUGACAUUACAUGAGAAAAUGUAAGAGUAUUUUGUUACUCUUUUUAAAGGGAAUGUUUUAGAUCCCAAAUGGCACAUAUUAAUAUCCUCACUUCACACCAGGAUUUGCAUGAUUAGUGUCAGUAGGUAGAUCACCCCUCAUUUCCUGCCCUUAUGCUGAGAGUAUAAAGAGAUAGUCUGUUGGCUUUGCCAUGAGGGAAAGCAUACCAAUGUCUACAACUGAAGGUUUUGCCUCCGGCCUGAAAAAUGUCGUGGGUUUUCACAUGGUGUGUUAGAAGCUUUUAUUAUUGUUGUUGUUGUUGUUAUUUCUCUGCUUAGUUCUAGUGAUCAACACUUUGAAGCUCCAUUUAGUAGGAACAUCUUUACCUGCUGUGGUUAAAACAGCAUCCUAGACAUGGCAAUCGAAGUUGAGGCAUCAUGUCCACACUCCUUUGUCCAAAAAAACAUAAUACCCCUACAACAAGGGACGGUGACAUGCUAUUGAAAAAUGGCUCACAGAGUGCCACAUAGAGGAACAUCACAGUACCACCCAUCCAUUGCUCCAUAAAAUCAUGUGCAUGUGACCACUUCCCAACAAAAAGAGAUGAGCUAUUCCAUGCCUACACAACUUGUGAUGCAGCAAGCUAAAGACAAAGAGCCACAUAUCCACCAGGGAGGCUAAUAAGCCUUGUGUUUGUGCCCGCCAGGAACUGCAAAAACAGGGAGGUUGUCAAGCAUCUGGCAGGCCACAACAGGCAGCCUGUCUUGGAAGGUCACAAGUGUCAGAGUCUCACAGACACUGUGGUAUAUAUAUUUGAUCCAUGUGCUGCUUCCUGUUUUCUACAGCAUCUGUUACCUUUGCUUUUGACAGAAAAAAUAAAGGGAAACCCUGACAUUCAAAAUACCAGAGUGGGGGGUGAGCAUUCUGGUAGAAAGAAAACUCUCUGUUCCAGGAAUAGUCAAAAUGAUGCUCUCCAAAUGUUGUUGGACUACAACUCCCAUCAUCCUUGACCAUUGGCCAUGCUGGCUAGGACUGAUGUGAACUGUAGUUCCACAAAUCUGAAGGAGUCCAUGUUGGCUACCCCUGCUCUGUUCACUCUCUUGGCCCCUCUUGAAAUAGGUCCACAAUUUGUAUGAAGCAGACUCUUAUGGGUUCUCUACUCUGUUUAGUGAGCUGAGACUACAUAUAUUCCUUGAAACAUCCUAAUUUAAUCAGAUGUCAUCUCUGUUGAGUAAGCACUUUCCCCCCAGCAUUUUUUCUUAGAAUUUGAAUUUUUACAGACUGUAUUUGUCAUCAAAUCCUUAUAGCUAAAACAAGCAUUUUUCUUCCCUGCACUGACUAUAACUAGAAAUACAGAGCCAUAAGCCAACACGCAAGGUAUUCUGUGUUGAUCAUAUUAAGUGUCGUGUCUGCUUCCACAUCUUUGUUCAAUCCUUGUUGCUUCUACAAUGCAUUUUUAUAGGUGCAUUUUAUAAAUAAAUUGUAUUAAGAGAUCCUGGAAUAUGAAAGGUCUCCAGCCUAGCCUUAGUUUUCAAGUUUUACCCAAAUGUUAGAAUGUUUAAGCUGCAAAUGAACAAACGUACUCUAAAGCGACAAUAAAGAAUUUCA